CGUCUGUAUAAAUCUGCGAGCCUAAACCCUUUCCCGGUCCCGGCUUUCCUCUUUUGUUCUCUGGUUUUUCACUGUCCCUUUUCUUCCGAUUUUCCGGCAAUCUGAUGCAUUCUUUUCUCUCUCCUCUCAAUUCGAUUUUCCUCUGAAAUUAAUCCCCCCAAAAGAAAAUCAAGAACCCUAACCCUAGUUUUGUGAGACGUCUUCCGACAUGGGAGACAACGACGCCUUCUUGCGUAGCCAGAAUGCCGCCGUUCAGGGUCGUACCAAAGCGCAGAAUCGUGCUAAUGUUCUUCAGCUUAAAAUGAUUGGACAGUCUCAUCCGACUGGUCUGACUCCUAACUUACUGAAGCUUUUCGAGCCUCGACCUCCAUUGGAGUAUAAGCCACCACCGGAGAAGAGAAAAUGCCCUCCUUAUAUGGGGAUGGGGCAAUAUGUGAAUCUAUUUCCUGACCCUGAGGAUCCUGAGUAUGCCCCACCGGUCAAAGAAGGCGAAACUCCGACCCAAAGGAGGGCCAGAGUUCACCAAUUACGCCUGGAGAAGGGUGCUGCUAAGGCUGUAGAAGAGCUAGAGAAAUAUGAUCCACAAAGUGACGCAAAUGCCACUGAAGACCCGUACAAGACACUAUUUGUUGCUAGGCUGAGUUAUGAGACCUCAGAGAGCAGGCUGAAAAGGGAGUUUGAAACGUAUGGGCCCAUAAAGCGGGUCAAAAUGGUCUACGACAAGGAGACAAACAAACCUAGAGGCUAUGCUUUUAUAGAAUUUUCGCAUACAAGGGACAUGAAAGCUGCAUAUAAACAAGCUGAUGGAAGGAAAAUUGAUGGAAGGAGGGUUCUGGUGGAUGUUGAGCGUGGAAGAACUGUUCCUAACUGGCGACCUCGGAGAUUGGGUGGUGGACUAGGAACAACUAGAGUUGGAGGUGAAGAUGUCAAUCAGAAUAAUUCUACGAGGGAGCCACAAGCUGGAGGGCCUCGAUCAGAGGAGCCCAGAAUACGAGAGGAUAGAGAAAAAUCUCGAGAAAGGGGAAGAGAGAAAGAAAGGGAGCGUGAAAAAUCUCGUGAGAGAUCCCAUGACAAGCCAAGAGAUCGCGAGCACAGAGAGGGUAGACACCACAGAGACCGUGACAGAACCAGAGACAAGGAGAGGGACAGAGAUCAUGGCCGUGAGCGUGAUCGUACACGUGAUCGUGAUAGAGGCAAAGAUCGUAGUCGUGACUAUGAUCGAGAUAGGGAUCAUGGACGCUCCCGUGAUAGGCAUCGUGAUAGGGACCGUGAUUAUGAAACGGGUGAAGCGGACCAGGACCGUGGGCAUUCCCGUGAUAGGGAUUAUGAGUAUGAUCACAUGGAUGCAAAACAUGACCGUAGCAGCAGCAGGCAUGGUGAAAAAGAGAGAAGUUAUGAUCAUCAUGCUGGUGCUGCUGAUGAGGAUCGAGGGUGGUAUGAUGCUGAUAACGGGCACAACAAGCGUUCUGAAACGGAGCACGAUGAUGACCAUUACGGGCAUCAACAAGGAAGGGGACAAUAUGAUAAGGAUGAUCUGGGUGGUGAUAAUGAUCGUUAUAAUCAAUAUGCUAAUGAGAGUGGUCCUACGGAUGAAGAUAAAUACAGUUAUGACCGAGAAACCUGAAGAAGUUGAAGUGACCAUAAACUCGAGAAGGAUGGGAAGAUUUUGGGUGAAAUUUUCAUUUUCGGACCUUUUUCGUUGAUUGCUGAAAGAUUUUUUAAGCUCUUCUGGUGAUUAUCAUCUGCAGGUUGAAGAUUAGGACAUUUUGUUUGUUGGGAGGUAUUAUUGUAUUGGGACUAAUUAGGUAUGAAUCUUUUCACAUAUAACAAUUUCUGUUUUCAUUAUGUCCUUUUGGUUGGGCAUGCUCUUGCUUGUAAUUGGUAUUGCCUCUGGUAUGACCCUCAGCAUGUCAUUCUGUAUUAGUUUUGCAUCCCUUUCAAAACUGUAGACAAUUGGGGUUUAUGUCAAAAUGUAUUCUCUUGCUAAUGGUAGACUUCUGUUUCAGCUCUUGCCAA